UGUCGGGCGGGUGAGGACAGGAGCACCAGUGAGGCUGAACGGGCAGUGUCACAACUUGAAGCUUUGUGUGGGAUUCUCCGCCGUUCUCUCCCCUUCCGUCACCUCUGGUUCUGCAGCCGCCGCCCCCCCUCGUGCAAUCACCCACGACACUACAGCAGAUACUGAUCUCAUUCACUGAUUACUUGGCAUAAAGCGAUUUGACCUACACCAGAAUGUUUUUCGUCAUUGUAUUUGUGAUCACUUUUCUCUCAGUUCUCAUUUGGCACUUUGCCUAGCAUAGGACAACGAAAUAAUACGUCUACAUGAAAAUCAAAUCAAGCUAAAAUUUCUGGCUGGACGUUGGCAAAUAUAUAAUAUACAAACAGUAAUGUGAGAAUACUAUCAGUUCUGGCACAACUGGUGAGUAUGUGAGUGGGUGAGUGAAGGCGGUCAUUGUCUCAAGACAGUUUUCUCAACGCCAGUCUAUUUAGUCCGUUUAUUCAGUCAGGUCAGUCCGUCAGGUCAGGUCAGUCCACCGGUACGCCAUGAAGCAGCAGCUACCGCAGCGGUUAAGAGUAUCUCCAAGGAGCGCUGCGUACCUGGUGGUGUUGGUAGGAGUGUUGAGAGCUGCUUCCUGUGAACCCCUGGUGGCCAAGUGUAAUCCCGGAGACUCAGAGGUUUACUGCCAGUGUGUCACCAAGUCCCCACGAGGGGGCAACACAGUCUCCAUCAAGUGUGACUUCGAAAAUAAGGAGGCAGUGGUUCUCAACAAGGAACUCUUCAACUUCCGCAACUCCAGCUUGGUGAGCGCCUACGUCAGGAUGGUGAACGCCACCAGCGUUCAUGUGACGAAAGAGUUCCUGCAGGAGUGGAUGCAGGCGCCCUCAGCAGCCCUGGAUAUCUGGAGAGGUGGUAACCUCACUCUGGAGUCGAUGCCGCCUCUUGACAGCUACGAUAAACACGCAUCCUAUAGAACCUUCGCUGGUGUGGGUAUCGUGAGCUGCAACGUGCCUGAAGUGCCCACCAUGUUUCUGAGAGACCGAACUCGAGGUGGGUUCAGGAUCAAGACCAGCACAGUGGGUUCCUUCCGUAAGGGCGUCUUGCAUAACAUGAAGCAGAUGAGAUACCUAGUACUGGAGGACACUGUGGUGGAGGCCGUGGACGGAUCAGUGGCAACUGAAGGCUUCGUCACGCUCAGCAGACGAGAGGUUCACAGCUGGACUGGUCUAAUUCUCUCCAACGUCACCAUCCACAGAGUGGGAGAAGGGGCCUUCAACCUCACUCAUCAGUCUGACAUGGAGACAGCAGAGGUGACCAACAGCUACCUGGGGACGGUGGAGACUGGGGCACUCAUCGCGGCAGGUGACAUAUCCGUCACCAUCAAGGGCAACUACUUCCAAAGACUAGAGAAGGCGGCUUUCCAGGUGGAUGUGACGGGUGAGGUGAAGUUUGAUGAGAAUGUGAUCGCCUCGUGGGCGCCUGACGCUCUUGAAGGACUGAUGUGUCAUAACCGGACCACUCUGGAGAGGAACACUGUCCGUGUUGACACUCCACACCAGGUGGCCCUUAACGAGUCUUCAACCCCCUUCCACACCUCCUGCGGCAACCCACAGAUCUUUCUGGUGAUCACUCCAUCACAUCCUCUGGCGGUGCAGGUAACCACAGUCUCUACCUGGGUGCUGGCGGCGCUACUGAUCAUCCUCCUCUUAGCUACCUUAAGUAUGUACAUCUGGAGGUCGCAGGAAGGCAUCACCCGCUACUACAACCGCGGCAGAUUCCCCAUUAUUCUCAACGGGCGGAAAUCUUCCCAGGAGAACCUCCCAAACAACGCCGAGAUCAACGUUCCUGCCCAAGAAGCUACUGAAGAAGGGAUAACUAAUACCCUGUACACAAACGAAGAGAGCUAAUUCAGAACAGUGCUUAAAUGAUCUUAUCUUAAACAAAACUCUACUAAACCUGAACACUGCUUAGAACCAAGCUAACUGAAAACACUGCCUAGGUAUUAAAACAGAACACAGGUAACGCAGGUAUUAAUAACAACAAAUUAAAAAAUAACCCAUGUAACUCAGGAUUUUGCACGGAUGACUCAAGAAAAAUAAUUAGGUACUGAAAGUGCUUAGUUUGUGAAUCAAGUAUGAAUGUAGUGACAUGAAAAUUGGGCACAAGUAAUUCUGAAUCUGUGGUAUAUGAGGAUAAUACUUGACUAAAGCAAAGCAGAUUCCUGCAAAGGAUCCUAUCGCCCCUGUAGAGUAAACUCAAAAAUGAAUUUCUUACUAAUCAGACUCAGUAUUGGCAGGCAGAACUAUUGUAAAAAAAAAAAAUUCUAAAAUCGAAAUUCAUCUUGCUUAGAUCCAUGGACUUGAUUUUCUGAAUAUUUUAAAUAAUGGGAAUUUACUGAUGAAAAUGUCAUUUGUAGUAUUUAGAGAGCUCGUCUAUAAAUAUACUUUGGCC